AUGCAGAUACAACUUAUGCAGACGUAUCUUAGCAUAAUAGUGCAUGCUUCGCAACAUUCGCUCUUCCUCGAUAAUGAAGGUUAUGAAAGCUUGUUGCCAUCGAUGCGGGAGUUAACUGUCGAGCGAUUGUCUCCGAGUACGUAUCCGACAAAAAAGCCGGAUACAGAUGCGCAUGCAAGCUACGAAUAUAAUAGUUAUGAUGAUCCCUACGAUGAGUGGGCACAUAGUAUGUACCCAGACGAUUUCGAUGGUCCGUAUGGAAGAGCUCCCGGUGUGAAUAAGUGGCCACCAUAUCGCAGCCGCCACGGACGCAGAGCAGCAGAAACAAACAACUACUCUUUCUUGAGAUCGUGGUACGAUAGUCUAGUCGAGGACGGCUUUUAUUGGGAUUCCAAUCGGUUGCUCUAUUGUACUCUCGCUCUUAUGGGAGAUGCAGGUGGACGGCACAGAUUGGAUGGUAUCUCUUGGCAAGAUCUAUUUAGGUGCCCGGAGCAUACACUUCCCCAAGACGAGCAACUCUUACUUACCGAGUUGGAUAAAGUCUCCUUCUUGGCAGAGGUUUCCAGCGGCCAGCCUCAAACUGAGUAUGGCAAAUUUCAUGACAAGUUGUCAGAUAGAGCACAGAACAUCGCCUCCAGUAUUCUUUCAUCUGCUCCACAUUUGGUCAAUUCGCGACCAUAUCUGAGCUGGAUGUUAGCUGAGACAGAUGCAAGGCCACAGGCCAUCAAUGCCGGAAGAGUAGACCCAAGAACAUCCCACAACAGUUUCAUCAGCCGAUGGCAACACAGAAGACAGAUUGAUAGUAAACAACGCAGUCAAAGCACAAAACUUCAGCAGGACACCUUAUCGCAGCGAACCUUGAACGUGAUCAAAGAAGAAAGUAUGAAUCUAGGAGAUUAUCAACAGCAGAGCAGAGCGCUGAAAGCCAUUUACCGACAUAGCGAUUACUUUUCUACAUGCCUUGAGUCACUACAAGAACUGGGUCAGUUACAGUAUAACGUGAUGGGUGACAUGGCAGGAUAUCUGUCAUCUCUAAUCGAAGAGUAUUUCCUUAUUGAAUAUUUCCACCCUCCCAAUUCGAAACCGUUCCGAGAACACCUCGCCCAACGACUCUCCGAAUUUGAUCGUCAAUUCCCUUAUGGCCCAGACUUUGAAUCCACCGCAAGAGAAAAAAUGGAUAUUUUCUUUUUCGACAACCCGCUCCUCAAAUGGAUGCAGCGGAAUGUCCAGGCCGCGCUGUUGAGAAGCCUAGACCGUCAUACCGAAGCUGAAGUAGCAGAGAUGCAAAUCACUGUUCCUGAGCUGCAUCUUCCGUCUUACUUUUCUAAACAAUUAAAGAUUUUCAAGUCAUGUGCAGGGUGUAAAGACUGUGGCUCUACGUCAGGAAAGACACGGAAGACCUAUCAUCCAGCAGAACCAGCUGUGCCAGCACGGCGAGCGAUGGAUUCUUCUUCUGCGCAACCAAAGACAACCACUUAUCGUGUUCCACUAGUGAUUCAAUCCGAAGCCAACGCUACAGAGGGGAAAGAAGAAGACGUGUUGCAUGUGGAACAAAUGAUACGGAAUCACAGAAACAUCAGAGGGAAAGAAAGAAAACCACAUCGUAGGACUGUGAUGUUUGACGAGUCCUCAACACCUCGAUAUACACCCCAGCAUUCUGUUAGUAAAGACCGUAGAUCAGAAGCGCUCGCGAAUACCGCACCCACCACAAUUAUUGUGGAGGAUCCAAAUGGAAAGGCAUUGAUGUUUCCGUAUGACCUAUGUCAUACCUGGAAGGGAAUGGAAGAUCUGAUCAAACAGGCGUUCUCCGGAGAUAGAAAUGCUCUAUCACAAGACAUCGCACGGGGUAAUUACGAGCUCCUCAGCGAAGAUGGAAGUAUCGUUCUCCCCGUCGUCUGGGAGAACCUGGUCCAGCCAGGCUGGAAGGUAAAAAUGCAAAUGAAGAAUACGCAGCCGGAAAACAAGGAGAUGAAUCAUGGAGAUACCGACACGGCGAACGCUGAAGGUAGUCACACACCGGAGAAUGAAAAGGACAAUCGGCCCAAGUCAUAUCAAGCUGUCGCUGUUGAAGCUUGGUCGAGUGAGGAGGAUAUCGCUCCCAACCCGCGCAGGGAGGAUGAAGAUGUGUGA